AUGGGAACGGUUCGACGAGUCCGCUGGCGCCGGCGCCCGCGCCCGCGCCCGCGCCCGCAUCCCGGCCGAUUCCAGCCCGGCAGACACCUCAUCCGAGCCGCCAUUUCCUGGUUCUUGGAGUGGCCCGCCGUGCUGCCCACACCGCCCUCACAGGUGCGUUGCAACUACCGCCCUGAGUGUGAGGCCGCGGUCCACAAGCACGCCGCCCUGGAGUCACACGCCUCCUUCCAGUGCCGGGCCGUGGCCUUCUACCUCGACUGUGAUGAUGUGGCCCUGAAGAAUUUCUCCCGCUUCCUUCUGCUCCGCUCCCACCAGCACAGCAGGACAGCCGAGAGCCUGGCGUUGCUGCAGAACCAGCGUGGGGGCCGCGUCUGCUUCCUCGACAUCAGACAGCCCGAGACCCAAAAGUGGGAGAGCGGACGCCAGGCCAUGCAAGACACCCUGCACCUGGAGAAGUGCGUCAACCAGAGCCUCCUCGACCUGCACCAGCUGGCCAUUGAGAGCUGCGACGCCGACCUGUGCCACUGCCUGGGGACCGGCUACCCGGACCAGCAGGUCAAGUUCAUCAAGGAGCUGGAGGACCAUGUCAGCAGCCUGAGCAACGCGGGGUCCCCGGAAGGUGCCCUGGCAGAGUACUUCUCUGACAAGCUCACCCUGGGUGAUGGCGACAAGGAGGACUGA